UCUUAAAUAAUUUACGACGUUACUGAAAGUAUAUAUUUUACUUUUAAAAUCAGAGUAGAUAAAAGUUAUCUGUAAUAUUUUUAAUAUUAAAAAAUAUAUAUAGUCGAAUAUCUAAAUCGAACAGUGUUUCUUUAUAUUUAACCUCGAAACAUUUUGCAACAUGUUAGAAAUAACAUGCAAUGAUCGUCUAGGCAAAAAGGUCAGAGUUAAAUGCAAUCCAGAUGACACUGUGGAAGAUGUCAAAAAACUUAUUGCUGCUCAAACAGGCACAAGAUACGAUAAAAUCGUUUUAAAAAAGUGGUAUACGAUUUUCAAAGACCACAUAAAAAUUGGUGAUUAUGAGAUUCAUGAUGGAAUGAAUAUCGAGUUAUAUUAUCAAUAACCUGUUUUUAUACAAUCCAGCUAAGUUUAAAAAUGUACACUUUUAAGUUAAAUUAGCAGCAUUAAUAUGUUAAUAUUGAUUGCAUUAAUAUUGAUAUAAAAAACCUGAGUAAAUUAUGUGCUAUCUUUAUAUUUUAGUCCUUGAUUUUUUUUGGCAUUAUUAACACUCUUGCAUUUUUAUGAUGCUUAUUUUUACUAUUGUGAUUCAAAUAUAAUAUAAAUAUAAACUUUAUUAUAAUUCAUAAUUAUUAAAAAUAAUUCAUGCUCAUCAAUUUCUGUAAAUAAAGUUUUAGGGCAAUG